GAAAGGUGUGAUGUGAUUAUCAGCAAGAUGGCUCGGUGGUUUGAAACAGCGCAUCUCGCUGUGUUCACCAUGGAAAAGAAUAUCAAGGAGGACCUCUCCACCAACCUCGAUGAUAUGCAAUCCUUGGAUCAAGCGAUCGCCACCAUGGAACCCAUGGUCGCUUUGCUGACAGAAGUAGGAGACAUCAUUGAAGAAAAACAUGAGGAACAAGAGGAUCAAACGUUCGAACAACGUCAGCAACUGAUAGCGGUAAAGGUAUCCAUCACCAAGAUCCAAUCAGAAUGGUCCGGAUUACAGCACUUUCUGUCAUCGAUCAAAGCCGAACUGAAGAAUUCCACCGAUAAACGCGAGCUGACCUCACUUAUCGAGAACGUUUUACUGCAGAUCGAUGAUCUAGCCACCGUCAUUUUUCAGUUUCAAGAACAAAGACAUGAUGACGUGCUGUUGACGGAGAUCGACAGCAAAAUCGAACCAUUAUUCAACAACAUCGAAAAGAUAUAUGUACGAAUGACGUCUCAACCUCCGAAAGAUGCGUCCGGCAUGUUGACACGCAAAUACCAUGCCGUACAAGAGCGAUGGGACUCGUUGCAAGUGGACAUUGACGAGUUGAAGCAGGAGUUGAAAGAGGAUCGUUGGUUGGCGGUGUUUCGCCAGGUGGCCGAUCAAGUUAAUGUCAUGAUCGAUGGACUGGAGCGAACGGUGGCCCAUUGUCAAACCGUCAUUCAAACCCUGAAGCGCUCUUUUCCUCGAUUGCAGCAUUCUUCUUCCUCCCGUCAGGCCGAGUCCAGCUACGAGGCCAAUGUCCCCUUCCAUCCCCCUAUAGAUCGCGAAAAGUGGAACUCUACGGAAAAGAACUUUCAAUCAAAAUACAAGUAUUACACCCCCGCCAUUGAUCGUAUGUUGGCCAUGGUGGAGAAUGGAAUUUCCACACGAAUUACCAGUACCACUGGCUUUGUCACGCAGCGUCAUCAAGUCAUUAUGCAGCGUUGGCAAAGACUGAAAUCAGUCAUGAACCAAUUGCUACUGCAUGAUCUACCUGAGAUUGGAUCGGAAAGAGAGAGAGCGGAAGCUUCAUGGAUGAAACCCACCAAAAGUGUAUUGCUCCGCCAUCGGUCCCAGAGCAUUGAUCGGUCCACGGCAGAGCACAAUGAUUUGCGGCCAAAGACACCUGUCGCACGAUCCAAAACCCCCAAUCCCGGUCAUCGGCGGACCAAGACACCCACGCGGCUUCCAGCAAGACCAAAGAGCAGCCUAGACAAAUACAACCCGCGUCUAGCCGUGCCGCCUCACGAUCGCGAUCGACCAUCAUCAUCUCACCGACGAUCACUCACUCCUUCCUUGAUUCCGCGAGCAAAGACACCUUCCAACACCUCCAUCCCUAGUCUCAUCACCCGCCCUCGUUCCUCAUUCGCCAAUCAUUCGUCUUACAUUCCCCCAAAAGAAGCCUCGUCCGAAUCCGAUACGCACAUCGCACUCGAAGAUCUCCCUCCGUACUUGCCCGACAGAAAAGACCCAUUGGACGUUGAAGUCGCCAACGUUGUUAAUGCAAGUCCUAUUGCGAUCAAGUGCCAAAGAGCGCCCUCCACCCGAGGACGGUAUUAUUUUGGCAAUGAGUUGAGCCCGUCUCUUGGAGGGGGAAAGAAAAUGUACACUUGUAAAUUAAUGGAUUAUGGAGAUCGGUAUGCGCGGCGAAAUAAUGGAAAAGCCGUACGGAAUAAAGUGCUUGUUCGCGUAGGUGGAGGAUGGCAAGAUCUUGAAAUGUUUUUACUGGAGCAUGCCAGUCUGAUG